AUGAAAAGUGUCAUCAAGCCGGUGGUCUUCAUGACUGGUAAUCGCGCCGAUUCUACCAACUAUCGAAGAAUCACUUUUCUGCCUGUGUUGGAGAAGGCGUUCGCGUGCAACAUCAUUGGACGACUUAGUCUGGUCAUCAUUGGCGUGUCCCUGAUCCUGUCAGUUCUUGCCACGAUCAAUCAGUUCCAGAGCCAGACAACAGGCGUUUUGUUUUAUGUGGAAAUCGUAAUCGUCACUUGGCUAGCUAUAGAAUACGCAUGCCGACUGGUGUCCUGCGGCUAUCGCUCCAGAUACCAAGGGUUUCGCGGCAGGCUGCGGUUUGCUUUGAAGCCGUUUUGUUUAUUAGAUUUAAUCCUGAUCACUGCAUCCAUCGUGGUCAUAUGCAUGGGAACAAUCAGCCCGGUGUUCGCUGCCCCAACCAUACGCGGACUACGAUAUUUUCAAAUUCUGCGUAUGGUCAGGAUCGACAGAAGAGGAGGGUCGUGGAAACUGCUAGGCAGCGUGGUUUUUGAGCACAGACAAGAACUGCUGACCACAAUGUACCUUGGAUUUUUGGGCCUCGUUUUCUCGUCGUUUCUCAUCUAUUUGUGCGAGAAAGAUAUUGGCGACCAUUUCAAAACGUUUGCUGAUGCCUUAUGGUGGGGAGUGAUUACCCUUUGUACAGUUGGCUACGGAGACCGUGUGCCACAGACAUGGCAGGGAAAGCUAAUAGCGUCACUUUGUGCAUUAAUGGGCAUCUCAUUCUACGCACUGCCAGCUGGAAUACUUGGAUCUGGAUUUGCCCUAAAGGUCCAAGAGCAGCAAAGGCAGAAGCAUAUCAUCAAACGGCGAAUUCCUGCAGCCAGUUUAAUCCAGUGCUUUUGGCGAUAUUAUUGCGUCGAGAAGCAGCGCUAUCCAAAAAUCUGGCGAAGGAACCUUCAAGCAUUUACCUGUGAAGAAAUGUAA